CACUUUUUCUUUGUGUAAUUUUUUUGUACUGGCCUGAAAAGCCAGGCUAUCUUAGAGCCCGAACAGAAAGUGAUUCACUGCAGUUUAUUGGUUGAAUAAAGAGACUCACAAUGUCGGAGAACAAGGAAGACACCCUGGCCAGUUUUCAGAACAUCACGGGCAUCGACGAUGUGGGCGAGGCCUUCUCCCACUUGGAGGCCGCCGACUGGAACCUGAUGGAGGCCCUGAGUCGGGUGAUGCCGCACGAGGAUGCCCCAUUGGCCAGUACCGUCCAGCAGCAGCCAGAGCCGCCGGCCACGCAUCCCGUGGAAAGCACUAACGGCUUCCGACCACCUGGCUACGAGGAGAUGCCCGGAACCUCGAAUGCUGCUGCAGGAUUCUUCCACUCAAUCCACAACCAGAACCAGAACCAGAGCCAGAACUCCCAUCAGCCGCAACUCCAACAAAGAUUUCCCACGUCACAAUUGCUAGCCCAGCUGACGUCCAGCAUCAACCUGGACCCCGCAUCCAGCCAGAACAACAACCAGAACGUGAUCGCCUUCAACAUCCACUUCAACCAGCAGCUCUACCAAAUCCGUUUGCCCUCGGAGGCCACCGUUGAACAACUUAAACGCAAGAUCUUUGAUGAGACCAGUGUACCGGUGUGCCGGCAGGCCAUUCGCGGCUGGCCGCCAUCAAAGGCCAGCGAUGCCCAGCAGCUGGGCACGCGCAUCUGCAACCUGGAUCUCGCCCCGGAGAACGAACUAAUCCUGGUGGACCUCACCGACGACGGUUUCAUGGACACCGAACAGGAUGAAGUGACGCAGCGGGUGGACAAGACAUUCACUAUCGACAUACAGUUCGAGUCGGACAGCCCACUUACACUCAGCCUGUCAGGACGAACAAAAAUGCGCGAGCUGAAGAUGAACGUGUACGACAUCAAGAGUAUACCAGUGCGCCACCAGGAGUGGACCGGCUGGCCCAACGGUUGUGACAAUGAAACCACUUUGGCGCAAUCUGGUAUUGAGUUGUCGCACAGGUUUGCGGUUCGCAGCACAGCGCAUUUGGCUCAGAACAAUACCACUCAGCACAACAACGCUUUCGAGGUGGUGAACGUGGACAGCGAGAGCUCGGCGGAUGAGUUCGAGGAUGCCACGGAUUUCAACAAUGCCGAGUACAUAUUCACAGACUCGCCACCUGCUCAGCCGCUCAACAGACACUUAAUACCAAACAACACCGAUGACGAGACGAGUGGCUCCACGCAGUUUGUAGAGAACUACAAGUCGCGCUAUGGCGAUCCGCACCCGGAGUUUUUCGUGGGCAGCCUGGAAGCCGCCAGGCAGCUGGCCUGCCUUAGACCUGCCAAAGAGCGCAAGCUGCUGGCCAUUUACUUGCAUCACGGCAAGAGCAUUCUCAUCAACGUUUUCUGUGAUCAACUGAUGAAACACGAGAGCAUUAUCCAAACUUUCAAAGAGAAAUUCGUCCUCUAUGGCUGGGAUAUGACCUACGAGAGCAACAAGGACAUGUUUCUCUCGUCGCUGACGGCUUGCAUCAGCAGCAACGCCUCACUGACGGCCAGGAACAUUAAAUUGGACAAGCUGCCAGCCAUCAUGUUGGUGGGAAAGAGUCGCCAGCUGGGCAGCAAUUGCGAGGUUUUAUCUGUGAUUCAUGGAAACAUUGGUCUGGAUGACUUGCUUACGAGGCUCAUUGAAACCUGCGAGAUGUUUGAGGAGCAGCUGCAGGUGGAAAUCCGACAAGAGGACGAGCGGGCAGCUCGAGAUCAAGUAAAGGCAGAGCAGGACAUGGCCUACCAGGAAACCUUGCAGGCCGACAUGGCCAAGGACGCGGCAAAGCGGCAGAAAGAGGCCUCCCAGUUGGCCGAGCGCAAACGCUUGGAGUCUGAGAGAGCCGAGGAAGAUGCUAGACGCGAGUCCAUUAGAUUAGUUGCUCAACAAUCCCUACCUCAGGAGCCGUCCGAGCAGGAUGCGGGUACUUCUAAGAUUCGCGUCCGCAAACCUACCGGCGAUUUUCUGGAGAGGCGCUUCUUCACCAGCAACAACCUGCAGGAUCUGCUCAACUUUGUGACGGCCAAUGGAUUUCUCAUCGAGGAGUAUAAACUAAUCCGCAGCUGGCCCCGUCGCGAUCUCACGGCCAUCGAGAGUAGCCAAACGCUGGAGACGCUCAAGCUGUAUCCGCAGGAAACGGUCAUCCUGGAGGAGCGAUGAUUUCGCUAUGAUUCCGCUCGUUACGUUAAGUCAGUUUCGUUCGAUUGGGUUUAGUUUGUCGCAUUAAUAUUUGAAAAUUGUAGAGCUAUCUAUCAUUUACGUACUUUAAUUUAGCGGAGCAAGGAAAAAGUUUACAAAAGCAUACACACCACAUACAAGCAUACAUAUAUACCUAUAUCUAAAGAUAAUGAUAAUGUCUAGCUGCAGUUAUAAGUACAGGUUUUAUACAACUACAUACUAAACAUAGGAUCCAGGGCAAUCCGAUCGAGCAGCACGCCUCCCAGCACCAGAUUCUACCCGUAAACAUAAAAAUAUGCAUGUAGCGCAGAAGAAGGAAAAGAGCAGAAGGCGGAAAAGAAAAACAAAGAAACAAAAUAACUGCA